UCCAUUCAUCACUUUCUCACUGACAGAAGCCUCAGACAUGGCGUCGGCCGCGACGAUGAUGCUUGGCAGCGGAAGGAGAUGCAGGAGCUUCCGUUUCUCUUUACUGCUUCUGCUUCAAUGCUUCUUCUUCUUCUUCGUGCAUCAUCACUCUGAAGUCCUUGCUGAAGAAGUUCACAAAUAUGAGUUCGUUGUGCAGGAAACGCCAGUGAAGAGGCUGUGCAAAACAACCGACGUCAUCACUGUCAAUGGUCAGUACCCAGGCCCCUUGAUAGAAGUCAGGACCGGUGAUCAACUCGUCAUCACUGCCAUUAAUAUGUGCAAAUACGACGUCACCCUUCACUGGCAUGGGAUCAUCCAAUUCAGAACAGGGUGGGCGGACGGGCCAGAAUUUGUGACGCAGUGUCCGAUCAAACCUGGAGGGACAUACACGUAUCGGUUUAGCGUCCCAAAUGAAGAAGGGACCUUGUGGUGGCAUGCUCACAGUUCUUGGCUCAGAGCUACGGUGUUCGGAGGAUUCAUCAUCCGCCCAAAGGCUGGGAAACCCUACCCUUUCCUACUACCGCCACAGAGAGAAUUCCCCGUCAUUUUAGGUGAAUGGUGGACCGAUAACCCGAUGGACGUUGCUAAGAAAGCAGACAGGACAGGUGCUGCUCCCAGCGUCUCGGAUGCCUUCACAAUCAAUGGCCAACCAGGCGAUCUCUAUCCUUGCUCUAAUGCAGAUACAACCAUCUUUCCUGUUGCGCCUGGCGAGACCAACCUUUUCCGGGUCAUAAACGGGGGCAUGAACGGGGAGCUCUUCUUCAGCAUCGCGUUCCACACCAUGACCGUCGUCGCCGUCGACGCAGCGUACACGAAGCCAUUCCCGACGAACGUCAUCAUGAUCGCGCCGGGCCAAACCGUGGACGUUCUCGUCACUGCAAAUCAACUUCCCGGACGGUAUUACAUGGCCGCCCGGGCUUAUGCUAGCGCUCAGGGCAUCCCCUUUGAUAACACUACCACCACAGCCAUCUUACAGUAUGAAGGCAUCCCCUGCUGCUUCGGUCCCCUCGCUCCCCCUCCGGCCAUGCCGCUCCUGCCCGCCUACAACGAUACCUUCACGGCCACCGCCUUCGCCGCGCAACUCCGCAGCCUCAACACGCCAGCUUUCCCUGCGAAGGUGCCCCUGUUGGUGGAUCAGAAUCUCUUCUUCACCAUCGGCCUCGGCCUGAUUCAGUGCCCUCCGACCAUUCAGUGUGGUGGUCCGAACAACACCAGGUUCGCGGCCAGCAUGAACAACAUGUCUUUUACUCUUCCAACUAAAAUGUCCAUCCUUGAGGCGCAUGUGAAGGGAAUUGAAGGAGUUUUCACCAAGGAUUUCCCAGCAACACCACCCGUCGUGUUUGAUUACACUGCUCAGAACAUAAGCAGGGACCUCUGGCAGCCGAUUCGGGCGACGAAGGUGAUGCCCAUCAAGUUCGGAUCCGUGGUGCAGAUCGUAUUCCAGGACACCAACAUAGUUGCAGCAGAGAACCACCCCAUGCACAUCCAUGGAUACUCCUUCUACGUGCUGGCGGAGGGGUUCGGAAACUUCGACCCGGCGACGGACACUGCCAAGUUCAACUUAAUCGACCCGCCCUACCGCAAUACAGUCGCCGUUCCCGUCAAUGGCUGGGCUGUCAUACGCUUUCAUGCCGAUAAUCCUGGAGCUUGGUUGAUGCACUGUCAUCUGGACGUCCACAUAACUUGGGGACUCGCUACUGUGUUGCUGGUUGAGGACGGCGUCGAAGAGCUCGACUCGUUGGAGGCCAUACCAUUGGACUACCCGCUCUGCCUCGACCUCUAACUCCUCUACCAGGACUUCAAUGACUGAAGAUCCAUCUUUUGAUUGUAAUGUUGAGUGUAGCUCUGUCCUGUAAUUUUGCCUUUCA